AUGCUGAAUAUCAAUACCAACUUCCCUGGAACAAUGGACAACAAGAAGCUAUGCCUGACAGCAGGAUGCUCUGAAUCAAAUUUCCAACAAGAAGGUUGCCGCUGGAUCGAUCCAUUCCCACUCACUCAUGCAAUGAAUUUGAGUUAUCGAGAUGAAAAAGAGUUUGAUUUGGGACCCCUUCUCGACUAUGUACCGUCGUCGACAUUAAUGGAUCGAUCGACUGAGAAGAAAUCUAUUCAAGAGAACAUGCUCAAACGACCCAUCAUCCAGAUCGAAGACAAUGACUAUGAGAACCACAACAGCAGAGCAUCUCGUUUCAAACGUCAUCGUACAUGCAACGAUGUUGCAGUCAGUAGUGCUACUGAUAUAAUCCCAGCUGAUGCAAUCAGCAGUGCUGCUGAUGCGAUCCCAGAUGAUUCAAUCGAGGAUGCUGCUAUUGUGUUCCCAGAUGUGGAAAUCAGUGCCGCUGAUUUCUUCCCAGAUGUGGCAACAAGGGCUGAAGGUGCCCUUCAUGUGACACAGGAAGCGCAGGAAUACCCCCGUUUUCGAAAUCAUCAAGAAGAGCAGUGGCAGAAGCGAUAUCAAUGUCUCCUGGAGUUCAAACAGAAGCAUGGACAUUGUUGUGUUCCAAACAAACACGAUGAAAAUCCGGUUCUAGGAAGAUGGGUCAAGAGACAAAGAUACCAACACAAGCUGCUCCAGCACAGGAAGAAAUCCACGCUAGUCCCUCAUCGCGUCAAAGCAUUGGAAGAUGCUGGCUUCAUCUGGGAUUCUCACUCUGCUCUGUGGGAAGAGCGGCUGAAUGAGCUCAAAGCUUAUCGUCGAGUCCAUGGACAUGGCAAUGUACCAUCGACUUGCACCGCAAAUGCGCAGCUAUCGACUUGGGUGAAAUGCCAGCGACGCCAAUACAAGUUAUUCUUGCAUGACGACCCGUCCUCCAACCUGACACCAGAGCGCAUAUCCGCAUUGAACCAGAUCGGUUUUCAGUGGUGCGGACGGCUGGCUAGAAGGAAAAGUACAAUGCCCUCUUACUAUCUUUAA